AUGGCCUUACCCAAUGGGUCGGAUCCGACUCGGAUCAACAUCCUGGGUCAAGACAGCAUCAUCGUCGACCAUGGCAUCUGGCUCAACUUUGUGAGUCACGACCUCCUCGAAAACAUCAAAUCGUCCACCUACGUGCUCGUCACCGACACCAACCUAUUCGAUAUCUAUGUCCCGGCCUUUCAGAAAGCGUUCGAAGAAGCCGCCGCCGCCGCCAAUGUCUCCGCUUCGUCACGUCUCAUCACCCUGGCCAUUCCGCCUGGGGAGGUGUCCAAGUCUCGCCAGACCAAAGCUCAUAUCGAGGACUGGAUGCUGUCACAAGAAUGCACUCGUGAUACCGUCAUCAUUGCCCUCGGGGGUGGUGUCAUUGGUGAUAUGCUUGGAUACGUCGCUGCCACCUUCAUGAGGGGUGUUCGCUUCGUUCAGGUGCCUACCACCCUGCUCGCCAUGGUCGAUUCCUCCAUUGGCGGUAAGACGGCAAUCGAUACACCUAUGGGCAAGAACUUGGUCGGUGCCUUCUGGCAACCCGCUCGCAUCUACAUCGACCUCACCUUCCUCGAGACCUUACCCGUGAGGGAGUUCAUCAACGGUAUGGCCGAGGUCAUCAAGACCGCAGCCAUCUGGAAUGCCGACGAGUUCAGCGCUCUCGAAGCCAACGCGCCCCAGAUUCUUGCCGCCGUCAAGUCCAAACCUGCCUCCGGCGAGCGGCUUGCUCCUAUCCGAGAUAUACUGAAGCGCAUUGUCCUCGGUUCUGCCGGAGUUAAGGCUCAGGUCGUCUCCAGCGACGAGAAGGAAGGCGGCCUCCGUAACCUGCUCAAUUUCGGCCAUUCCAUUGGCCAUGCCUAUGAAGCCAUCCUAACCCCACAGCUACUACACGGAGAGGCUGUCGCCAUCGGCAUGGUAAAGGAGGCGGAGCUGGCUCGCUUCCUGGGCGUUCUCCGGCCCGGCGCCGUCGCCCGGCUAGUUAAGUGCAUCUCGAGCUACGACCUCCCCACGACCCUACAUGAUAAGCGAGUCGUCAAGUUGACGGCCGGCAAGAAAUGCCCCGUCGACAUUCUCCUCAAAAAGAUGGCGGUCGACAAGAAGAACGAUGGCAAGAAGAAGAAGAUCGUCUUGUUGUCGGCUAUCGGACAGACCUACGAGCCCAAGGCCACCGUGGUCGAGGACCGUGCUAUCAGAUUCGUGCUAUCUGCCGCAACUCGCGUCACCCCUGGCGUCCCCGAAAAGCACUCCACGACGGUGACACCACCGGGGUCUAAGAGCAUUUCGAACCGGGCCUUGAUCCUCGCCGCUCUGGGUCAGGGAACCUGCCGCAUCAAGAACCUCUUACAUUCCGACGAUGUCGAAUACAUGUUGUCUGCCAUUGGCCACCUUGGCGGGGCGACCUAUACCUGGGAAGAAGGGGGCGAGGUGCUUUGUCUUCAGGGCAAGGGUGGUCAGCUCCAUGCCAGCAAGGAGCCCCUCUACCUUGGAAAUGCCGGGACCGCCUCGCGAUUUCUCACAACCGUCGUUGCUCUUUGCUCUCCCUCCGACGUCUCCUCCACCGUUUUGACCGGCAAUGCUCGGAUGCAAGUCCGACCCAUCGGACCCCUUGUCGAUGCGCUGAGGAGCAACGGUGUCAAGAUCGACUACCUGGGCCAGCAGAAGAGCUUGCCACUUCGCGUGGACGCUGCCGGCGGCUUCGAGGGUGGUGUCAUCGAGCUGGCUGCCACGGUCUCGUCUCAGUACGUGUCGUCCAUUCUUAUGGCCGCGCCUUACGCAAAGCAACCUGUCACUUUGAAACUGGUGGGCGGCAAGCCCAUUUCGCAAUUCUACAUUGACAUGACCAUUGCCAUGAUGAAAUCCUUCGGGGUACGUGUCCAAAAGUCGGAGACUGAGGCCCAUACCUACCUCAUUCCCCAGGCGACCUAUAAGAACCCCGAAGAAUACACCAUUGAGAGCGACGCCAGCUCGGCGACGUAUCCCCUUGCCGUCGCCGCCAUCACCGGCACAUCUUGCACCAUUCCCAACAUUGGCUCGGCUUCGCUACAGGGCGAUGCGCGCUUCGCCGUAGAUGUUCUAAGGCCCAUGGGGUGUACCGUGGAACAGACAGAAACGUCUACGACCGUCACUGGACCGCCUAUCGGGGGGCUGAAGGCCAUCGAUCACGUCGACAUGGAGCCCAUGACCGAUGCCUUCCUCACCGCGAGCGUGUUGGCUGCGGUGGCGUCUGGCACCACCAAGAUCAGUGGCAUCGCGAAUCAACGUGUCAAGGAGUGCAACCGCAUCUCGGCCAUGAGGGACCAGCUGGCCAAGUUCGGUGUCGAGACGGAUGAAUUUGAUGAUGGUAUUAUCGUCACCGGACGGAAUCACCAGACCCUCUUGGAGCCACGCGAUGGGGUCUACUGCUACGAUGAUCACCGGGUGGCCAUGAGCUUCAGUGUUCUGUCGACCAUUGUUCCGCAGCCAGUGACGAUUCUCGAGCGCGAGUGCACGGGUAAGACGUGGCCCGGCUGGUGGGACACUCUCUCCCAGUCCUUCCGUGUAUAUCUGGACGGCGUCGAUCAGCACCCUACCGCGCACGACACUAAAUCGUCCUCGAACCCGGCGAAUCGGUCAGUGUUCAUCAUUGGCAUGAGAGGCGCUGGGAAGACGACGGCGGGUACUUGGAUGGGCGAGCUUCUGAAACGCCCAUUCAUCGAUCUCGACAAGGAACUCGAGGAGAGGGCGGGCAUGACGAUACCCGAGAUGAUCCACGGUUCUAUGGGUUGGGAAGGAUUCAGGCAAGGCGAGCUUGCUCUGCUGCAAGAUGUGAUGGAGAAGCAAGGACACGGCCACAUCUUUUCUUGCGGCGGCGGCAUCGUGGAGUCGCCAGAGGCCCGCAAGCUCCUCAGCGCUUAUCGCGAGAAGGGCGGCUGUGUGCUGCUCGUCCACCGCGACACGAAGCAAGUGGUGGAGUAUCUCCUCCGAGACAAGACGCGCCCUGCGUAUAGGGAGGAUAUCGAGGACGUUUAUCAUCGCCGGAAACCUUUCUACGAGGAGUGCAGUAAUUUCCAAUACUUCAGCCCCCAUACCGCCACCUCGGUCGGGUCCACAUGCAUCCCCGCGGACUUUAGAUGCUUCGUCGAUGCCGUCUGCGGCGACGACUCGAAGGUGGCCAAAGUCAUGAACAAGGACUUGAGCUUCUUUGUUUCGCUGACGGUGCCAGACGUCGGUGCGGCCAUCGACGUGAUCCCACAGGUCGUCGUGGGUUCGGACGCUGUCGAACUGCGGGUUGACCUGUUGCAGGACCAGGAUCCCGAGUCGGUCUCGAAGCAAAUUGCCCUGCUGCGGUCUGCUGCACAGCUCCCGGUUAUUUUCACCCUGCGAACGGAAUCCCAAGGCGGUCGGUUCCCCGACGAAGCCUAUGACCAGGCGCUCGCUCUCUACCAGGUGGCGCUCCGCAUGGGGGUCGAGUUCGUCGACCUGGAGAUGACCUGGCCGGACAAGAUCCUUCAGGCAGUGACGGAGAAAAAGCACCGGUCCCGCAUUGUGGCAUCGCACCAUGAUCCCCAGGGCAACUUGUCGUGGAAGAACGGGUCCUGGAUCCCGUUCUACAACAAGGCGCUGCAAUGGGGAGAUGUGAUCAAGCUGGUGGGGGUCGCCCGCACCAUGCAGGACAACUUCGACUUGGCCGCCUUCAAAGCCGAGAUGCUCGCGUCGCAUUCUACUCCGAUCAUCGCGCUGAACAUGGGCACGGCCGGUAAGCUGAGCCGUGUUCUCAACGGAUUCCUCACACCGGUGUCCCAUCCCGACUUGCCGUUCAAAGCAGCGCCUGGGCAGCUCUCAGCGGCCGAGAUUCGCCGCGCUCUCGCUCUCCUCGGGGAUAUCGAAGCACGUUCCUUUUACGUUUUCGGAAACCCCGUAUCCCAGUCGAGGUCACCCGCGCUGCAUAACACACUGUUCCGACUCACCGGACUGCCGCACAGCUACUCUGCGGUAGAGACGGACCAGGCCGACCCGACGGUGCGGGAGCUCAUUCGCCGGGCUGAUUUCGGAGGUGCGUCCGUCACGAUCCCGCUCAAGUUGGACGUUAUGCCCCUGGUCGACGAGAUCUCCGAGUCGGCAAAGAUCAUCGGCGCAGUCAAUACCAUCGUCCGGCUGGCAAGCAAGGACGGAGCGCGGCCGCGUCUCCUAGGCGACAACACCGACUGGAGCGGCAUGGUACACUGCCUCAAGUCGGCCGGCAUCUCGGGCCCCGGCCAAACCCGCGGUUCCGGCAUGGUGGUCGGCUCGGGCGGGACUACCAGGGCGGCCAUCUUCGCGCUCCGGUCUCUCGGCUAUGCGCCCAUCUACCUGCUCGCUCGCAAUGAGCAGAAACUGGAGACGAUCAAGGAGUCAUUCCCGCCGGAGUACACCCUCGAGAUCCUCAGGGGUCCUUCUGACGUGGCGGCACAGCCGUCGACGCCGAGGGUGAUCAUCAGCACGAUCCCGGCCGACAAGCCCAUCAACCCGUCAGUGGCCGAAACUCUGACGGCCGUGCUGUCGGCGCAGGCCGCUCCGACGGACAGCCGCGUGCUUAUUGAGAUGGCCUACCAGCCGCGCAACACUGCCGUCAUGGGCAUGGCCGGGGAAGCUGGGUGGAAGACCAUCCCUGGAGCGGAAGUUCUUGCCGCGCAAGGGUGGUACCAGUUCCAACUGUGGACGGACAUCGUCCCUCGCUAUGCGGAUGCGCGGGCGGCUGUAAAUGGGGAACCCGUUCCUGGAGUGCCCUUUCAUGGAUAA